UGAAACUCGCCAUACAAUCUUUUCCGUCUUAUAAUACAAUAUUGUAAUAUUGCAGUUGUAAUUCUCGGAAAACAUUAAGAACACCAGAUUGCAAAACAACUUUGAUGGGAGGAAAUGCUGCUUUGAAAACGAAAGAACUGUAAACUUCUGAUUGCUUAGAGAAUUACUGCAGCACAGAAGAUAUGGCUAGUAAAGUAGAUGCAAGGCAGAGAUGGAUUUUGCUGAAACAAGCACUUCUUAAAGGGAAGAGAAAAGCAGUUACAAGUUAUCCAGAAGAUGAUUUUGAAAGUGGAGAUCCUAAAUUCUGCAUCGAUUUGCUGAAGGAUCCUACUCUUAGAAACUACUAUCGCCUGAAGAAGUACCUGCCAAAUAGUAGUGACACGUGGAUGGUAGAAUUUCUAGAGCUCAGUGGCCUCAACCUGAUGCUGGAAGCCUUAGAUAAGUUGUCAAGCAGAGGAGGGCCGAAGAUUUAUGAUGCCCUUCUACAACUCACCUGUGUGAGCUGUGUAAGAGCUGUGAUGAAUUCUCCAAGUGGAAUCGAGCAGCUUGUGAAUGAUGAAAAACAGAUUAGAAAACUGCUGCAAGCUCUGAAUACAUCAGUGAUCCUGGUGAAGAAACAAGUGUUUGAUUUGUUGGCAGCACUCUGCAUGUACUCCCCAGAAGGUCAUGAUCGGGUUUUAUAUGCACUACAACACUACAAGAAUGCACAGAGGUAUCUAUAUGGAUUCAAUGCCAUUAUGAGUGAACUCCAAACAGAUAAUGUUCCUUAUCUGGUAUCACUCUUGAGUGUGAUCAAUGCUCUUAUUCUGGGAACUGCAAACAUGCAAAAACGAGCAAGACUCAGAAAUGAAUUCAUUGGUCUUCAUUUGCUGGAAGCACUGCCAAAUCUGAGAAAAAUAGAUGAUGCAGAUCUACUAACCCAGUGUUCCAAAUUUGAGGAAGCCCGGGCAGAAGAUGACGAAAAUUUAACAAAGAUCCAUGAUAUGAACUGCCAUCAAGAUGUUUUUGCAGCAUUGUUUAGUAAAGUGCACGCCUCACCAGCUUCUAUUCAGCUUCUGUCAAUUCUCCAGGGUCUCCUGCAGCUGGAACCAUCUGACAGUAGUGGUGCCCUGCUCUGGGAAGUCCUAGAAAUCCUGGUGAAUAGAGCCAUCCUAAUUGCUCAUGACAGUCCAGAAACUGAUGUCAAUGCAUUCAUGAAAAGACUCGUGUCAGUUAAACUGGAGAGAAGCAAUCAGACAAUGAAAGGAGAGUUGAUUGUUAGUAAACCUGAAAAUCAUGAUUGGCCUGAACCUGAAGUUUCAACAGAAGAAAGUCUAAAGUUUACUUGUUCUACCACUGCCCCCGCACCAACUCUUGCCCCUCCACCUCCUCCUCCUCCCCCAGCACCACCUGGAUCUUUUCCUACCUGUUCAGAUAAGACAGAUAUUCCAAGACCAUCCUUGCGGAUGAAAAAGCUGAGUUGGCAAAAACUCUCAAAAGCAGCUUCAGAAAGAAGUUCUUUAUGGUCACUUGGCCCGAAUAAUCCCAUAAAUCCUGACUAUGCCAGAAUUGAACAGCUUUUCUGCUUCUCCUCAUCACAAACGAAAGAGAAAGACCAAACCCUCUUCAAAAAGGAGCCAAAGGAGAUUACAUUUCUCGACUCUAAGAAAAGCCUUACUUUGAACAUAUUUUUAAAACAGUUCAAAUGCUCUAAUGAAGAACUAGCAGAAAUGGUCCAAAAGGGGAGCAAAUCUAGAUUUGAUGUGGAAGUUUUGCAACAAUUAAAGAAACUGCUGCCAGAUGAACAUGAAAGAGAAAAUAUAAUAACUUACAAAGAAGAAAAAGAAAAAUUAGCGAAUGGAGAUCAUUUCUACCUUUGCCUUCUCAAUGUGCCUUGCUAUGAGUUACGGAUUGACUGUUUAUUGUCACUUGAAGACAUAGCAGUUUUACAAAACGUUCACCGACCAAACGCAAAACUGAUUAAAAAGGCAUGUGCAAAUCUUCUAUCUUCUUCAAGACUGCCACAGUUCUGUCAUCUAAUACUUAAAAUUGGAAACUUUCUCAACUAUGGUAGUGCCAUAGGAAAUGCAAAUGGAUUCAAAAUAAAUAGUUUGGUUAAACUCAAAGAGACAAGAACAAAUCAGCCACAAGUCACACUGCUACACUAUGCUGCGCAGGAAAUUGAAAAAUCUUAUUCAGAUCUUCUAAAUCUUCCUGAUGACCUCCAAUCAAUAUCUGAAGCAGCAAGUAUUGAAAUUCAUUCAAUCCAGUCUGAAGUAAGCAGCCUUUCACACCACUUAAAGAAGAUCAGUGAUGACAUUGAGUCAUCCAUAGAUGAUAUAAAAUUACAAUUCAGAAAUCCAAUUCAGCAAGGUCUCACUGCAUCUGAGGAGCUCGAGGUUCUUCUGAAAGCGAUAGAGUGCAAAAGAAAGGAGUUGGCUCAAUAUUUCUGUGAAAAUGAAAACAAGUUUUCAUUGGAUGAAUUGUUUGUCACAAUCAAAACGUUCAGAGAACUGUUCUUGCAAGUGAUAAAGGAUAAUAAUGAACAAAAACAAAAGAUGGCAAAAUUAAAGACAAGACAGCAAGAAUCAAACAAAAACAAUGAACCAAAUGAAUGUAACACAAAACAAGUGAAGAACAAUAUUGUUGAGAAACUUCUAUUGAACAUAAAGAAAGGUUUUCAUCAGAAAAAUAAUUCUGUAAACAAAUACAAAACAGAAUGUGCCCCAGACUCUCCUGCUACUAAACUAUUGGAAGAUCAAGUAGAAAUUGGUGACUGUUUUCGAACUGCAAGAAAGUAGUUUCUAAAAAGUGCUCUAAAUUACAAGAUGUCGUUCUACAUGCUUCAUACAAAAUCAGAUCAAUACUCAAUCCUGUAUCAAACUUGAACUGAACUGCAUAUCCAAAGAUGAAUUCUGUUAUGUCUGGUUCAGAUAGUUCACUGGUUUCCCAUUGGAAUAGCUGUAUAUUUCUUCUACACGCGGUAAAUAUCAUCAUCUGAGGAUGCAUGAUCUAAUGGAAGUCCAGCAUGCAAGUCAGAAUUUUUUUUCAUAAGCUUUUGGUAAAGAUAUAACCAGCAUUGUUUCUAUUGUUUAAAUAUUGGUUCUAAGUAUUACACAAUCUUUGAAAAUAUCCCUCAUUCUUGAAAUAGAUUUGUUUGCAUGGUGUUUUUGUUUUACACCUUGGACAAUGGCUCCUCACAUCAAAAGAUUUGAACAUUCCAUGUUUUGGUUUCUCAUGUGAUUUAGAAUGUUUGUGCCAUAUUAGGUUGGUAGGUUCCAAUGGUCUUCAAAAUAAACUUUCCUUCUGUUCCCCAGAUUUUUCUGAAUCUCAACUUCCAUCAUAAUCUGGAUAAAAUUUUCAGUCGAAGAUCUUCCUUUAAUCUGGUUGAUCUGAAAGAUCAACCAGAAAAUCUAAUGAUAAUUAUUUCUUGAUUUACUUCUAGCUGUAAUACUCCAUAUUUUCACAAGAUGCAGACAUUGCAUAAAGAUAAAGUUGAUAACAGAUGCUUCUAGAAAUUGCAUUUAAUUAUUAAAUCUUGCUUUCUCAACAAUAUAGUUUGAUUGCCAUAUAAAAUAGUUGCCAGAUGCUUUGAAGACAUAAUGUUCUUAAAUUUUUUUCUCUGUUAAUAACAUGUUUCUGUUAAUGACACCAAUGAAUAAAACUGUGUGUUAAUGUGUCCUGCUUAUGAGCAUAGACCUAAAAUACUUCUGUAUCUCAGGAAUUGUUUCUUCAAUGCUGACCAAUUUAAUUAUCUGCGAAAACCAUCUGUAACUUUGAAUCUGCCUGGAGAUGUAACACCUCUCUCUAUUUCUUUGAUUAAAUUAAAUUGCUCCAUUUAAAUUUAGAAAACCUUUUAGAAUUAAUUAAAAUUUGUUGUAAGUUCAGCUUUUCUUCAUUAAGUUUGUGCUUUCAAUUCAACAGCCAGAAAACUUGUUGCGGAAUAUCCCAGCAUUAACAAUUGCUUUUGAAACUGUAAUUAAAUUUUAUUUACUGCUAAAGGAAGGUGAAUCUUCUUAUGAACUACAAAAUUGCAAUGAGUUGCUAUUUUAAUAAAGAAUUAAAGAUCUUUUCUUCAAAUUUUC